CAUACAGUUGACAGGUAUGCUCCAGUACGUGGUAAGGCUGUCUACGGAGCUGGAGGCCAAGUUCCUGUCAGUGGAGAGACUACAGGAGUACAUCGAGGGUUGUGUCUCUGAGGCGCCCAGGAGAGUUAAAGACGCCCUCAUCCCAGAGGGUUGGCCUCAUAAAGGGGCCAUCUCCUUUAAGGACUAUACGAUGAGGUACAGAGCGAACACUCCCAUCGUGCUCGAUGGACUCCAGCUCAACAUCCAGCCCAGGGAGAAGCUGGGCAUCGUGGGGAGGACAGGCUCUGGGAAGUCUUCUUUAGGAGUGGCCCUGUUCCGCCUGGUGGAACCAGCUGCUGGGACGAUCUUCAUAGAUGGGGUGGACACCAGUGCUAUCGGCCUGGAGGACCUCCGCAGUAAACUAUCAGUCAUCCCCCAGGACCCUGUCCUAUUCAUCGGCACUGUCAGGUAUAAUCUGGAUCCUUUCAACAACUAUAGUGACGAGGACAUCUGGUCUGCUCUGGAUAAGACCUUCAUGAAACACACAAUCUCCAGUCUCCCUGAGAAGCUGCAGUCGGAGGUCGUGGAGAACGGGGAGAACUUCUCUGUAGGAGAGAGACAGCUGAUGUGUAUGGCCAGAGCACUGCUACGAAACUCGAAGAUCAUCUUGUUGGACGAGGCGACGGCGUCGAUCGACUCAGAGACGGACUCUCUGAUCCAGCACACCAUCAGAGACGCGUUCCAGGACUGUACCAUGCUGACUAUCGCUCACCGCAUUAACACUGUCCUGGAGUCAGAUCGUAUACUGGUCAUGGACGCCGGAAGGGUGGUUGAGUGUGACAGUCCAGAGGUCCUGAUGCAGAGACCAGAUUCUCAGUUUGCAGCUCUCCUGACUGCAGCCAACACCGUCAACACAUGAGCCUGGACACACUCCCAUCUGUAGUCUGGACACACCCCCAUCUGUAGUCUGGACACACCCCCAUCUCUAGUCUGGACACACCUCCAUCUGUAGUCUGGACACACCUCCAUCUGCAGUCUGGACACACCCCCAUGAGUCUGGUCACACCUCCAUCUGCAGUCUGUACACACCCCCUUGAGUCUGGACACACCUCCAUCUGCAGUCUGGACACACCUCCAUCUGCAGUCUGGUCACACCCCCUUGAGUCUGGACACACAUCCAUAUGCAGUCUGGACACACAUCCAUCUGCAGUCUGGACACACAUCCAUCUGCAGUCUGGUCACACCUCCAUCUGCAGUCGGGACACACAUCCAUCUGCAGUCUGGUCACACAUCCAUCUGCAGUCUGGACACACAUCCAUCUGCAGUCUGGUCACACCUCCAUCUGCAGUCUGGACACACAUCCAUCUGCAGUCUGGUCACACAUCCAUCUGCAGUCUGGACACACAUCCAUCUGCAGUCUGGACACACCUCCAUCUGCAGUCUGGACACACCUCCAUCUGCAGUCUGGUGACACCUCCAUCUGCAGUCUGGUGACACCUCCAUCUGCAGUCUGGACACACAUCCAUCUGCAGUCUGGACACAUCCAU